UGUGUGUGUGUGUGUGUGUGUGUGUGCGUGCGUGCGUGUGUGUGUUCGUGUGUGCCUGAUUGCGCGCCACCUCUCCAUCAGUGCGUGUGCACGAGGGUCCGCAAAGCCGCUGCUGCAGAAGCAUUCAACAAACUUUGAUGAGCUCUUACCUAAACCGAGCUAACAAAAACAAACCCGGAUUAAAACUGGACUAACACAUUUUUUUUUAAUAUAAUUUAAAAAGGUUUAAUUCGGCUGGAUCAAGGUGUCACAAUGGAAAGCACCCCGGUUGAAAUAUUCAAAGAAGAUAACAGUAAGUGCCUCUCCACGCUGCUGGACGACUGCGCAGUGAAUUCUUCAGGCUGGGUGUCCGGAUACUCGGAGAACCGCAAUCUGACCCACGAUGACAGCUGGGAGCAGGAGGGCAUGUCUCCCAUCAUCCCCAUCAUCACCGCAGUCUACUCCGUGGUGUUUGUGGUCGGCUUGCUGGGCAAUUGCCUCGUCAUGUAUGUGAUCAUCAGGUACACAAAGAUGAAGACGGCCACCAACAUUUACAUUUUCAACUUAGCGCUCGCCGACGCCCUCGUCACCACCACCAUGCCCUUCCAGAGCACCGACUACCUGCUGAACACAUGGCCCUUCGGUGAGGUAGUUUGCAAGGUCUUCAUCGCCAUCGACUACUACAACAUGUUCACCAGCAUCUUCACUCUCACCAUGAUGAGCGUGGAUCGAUACGUGGCCGUGUGCCAUCCGGUUAAAGCCCUGGACUUCCGCACCCCGAUCAAAGCCAAGAUGAUCAAUGUGUGCAUCUGGAUUCUGUCCUCGGCAGCAGGGAUCCCUGCUUUCGUUCUGGGUGGCACCCAAACCAAGAGCGAAAUAACCGAGUGUGCCUUACAGUUCCCCGAGCCGUACGUGUACUGGGACACGCUGAUGAAGAUAUGUGUGUUCGUCUUCGCCUUCGUCGUGCCUGUCCUCAUCAUCACCGUGUGCUACUCCCUCAUGGUCCUGAGGCUGAAGAGCGUCCGGAUGUUGUCCGGCUCGAGGGAAAAAGACCGUAACCUGCGCCGGAUCACGCGGCUGGUGGUGGUUGUGGUGGCCGUGUUUGUGGUCUGCUGGACGCCCAUUCACAUCUUCAUCCUGGUGAAGGCGCUAGUGAGCGUGCCCGAAACCACCGCCGUCAUGGCCGCCUACUUCUUCUGUGUGGCACUGGGCUACACAAACAGCAGCCUCAACCCCGUCCUCUACGCAUUCUUGGACGAGAACUUCAAGCGCUGCUUCAAAGACUUCUGCGUCUCGGCCAAACUGAAGAGUGAGAAGAUGUCAGGGAACAGGAAGGCGGCCGGCGGUGUGAGAGAGAACGCCGUGCCCCUGGAGAACCACGAUGGGACUAGAAAACCUGCAUGACUAGCAGUGGAACUGUCAUCAAUUUCACACAUUGGAAAAGAGGACUCGCAUGACCUGGGCCUGACCCAUGUCACAUCCACGAUGUAGUCUGGACUCUGUUACAGAGACUGGAUGUGUUUUCAUUUACAUUUUCCAACACUGAGCUGACGUCAUUUAGGCGAUUACAUGAAAGUGACACGUACUAAGUUGUGUAUGUUUUUCUCACCUCUUGUUUCCGAACCUGUUUUCACGUUCAGGUGUUUAUUUCCUCAUGGUUACUGCUAUGUAAGCUGUUAUCAUUUUGAAUGUGAAGUUUAGGAGAAUUUGUUUUAAGCAGCACGUAAAAACAAAUGUGAUCAACGUUAGCCUUUUUAAACCGCAGGUCACGUCUACCUGUUCACACACUGAUGGCAGAAGCUGCUGUGUAAAGUGUCCAUCAGAAGUAACUAAUCCAGUCAUACACAUUCACACACCGAGGACGAAGCAGCGGGAGCAACUUGGGGUUAAAUGUCUUACCAAAGGACACAUCGGACAUGUAGCUGCAGGAGCUGGGGAUCGGACCCCUGACCUACUGGUUGAGAGACUAUCUACUCUAACAUUGAGCCACAGCCGCCCCAUAGUCGAGCUUUUUCUAGUGGUUUCCAACCUUUUUUGUCUCAUGACCCCACUUUGACUUCACAAAACUCUGGGGACCCCUUCAGCUCAUUGAUUAAAUUCUAAUUAUUUUUUUCAAUCAUGUGACAGUUUUUUUUUCUAGUGUUUUAAAAUUCAUUUCAGAUCACAUUAAGGCCAUUUCGUGUAUUUUAUUGUGGACAGAGUUAGAAAAAGCCAGGAUGAGUGAGGAAUUUAUUUUUCUCUGCGCUGCAUAUGUACAGCCAGGUGAGCAUGUAUGAAAGCUGGACGCAUGACGCCUGGAUGAGAGACAGACAGAUGUACUGCAAGUUUGUUUGUUUUUAGCACGGGCCACGGCUCACGUUAGCCCGUGCUAAAACAGGAAGGAAACUACAAAUAUGUUUUUAUUGAUCAGUAAUAAGACAUUUCAUGGGACCCCAUUUGAAUACCAUGUGACCCCAAGGUUGGGAAAACCUGCAUUAGAGGCAAAGACAGUAAUUUGCUAACACUUUUUUAUCAGUAAAACUGUUGAGUUGAGAUGAAAUUUGUAACAGUAUAGACUUGUGUUAACUUUCAAACAGUAUACUUGUUACAUCAUUGUUGUAAUGCUCAUUUAAUUUAAUUCCUGUCUUUUCCACACAUUACUGCCAAAUGUGCCUUUAACAGUCCAGGAUAACAAGUCUGAAUGGGGUAAAGCGGCGCUAAAUGCAUAAUGUUCAACCAAUGCUGUAAACACGUUGACACAUUUAGAAACACUGUCAGCAGAGAUGUGGAAAAAAAUCCUUUUUCCUCUCUGUGAAGGUUUGAAGUGUGCUGAUUGACGAUGUGAAAGAAGUGACUCAUGUAGUACUCGAAGUCAACGAGGGAUAAAGAAAAAAAAAACAUCAGCUUACCCACAAAUGCAUCAAAGAGAGUUUAUCACUUUUGAAAGUUAAAGAAGAGAUCCAGGACUUGAUUGUGCAUUUACUAUUUGACAGAGGGCUCUCUUUCAGCUUUGACUCUGGAGUUGUGUACAGUUUGAUAAGUUGUUCAAGCAUGGCUGUGUAUAGCUUUUACCACGAUGCACACUGUCCUAAUGAAUCAGCGCAUUAUGAAAACAGUCCUUCCACCCAGGUAAUGCACGUUAAAAAAUGUUUAUUCUAUCAUUUGUACAGUUUGAAAGUAUGACACUGAAAUACCUUUGCACAGACAUCAUUGAAUCAGACUGUAUUAGCAUGUCAGUGAUCAUUGCUGUAUUAGUGUAAUGCAACAUCUGCAGCCUAUAUGCUUCAUGGACUGUGCUGUUAUUUUUGAAUGUACUUCAGAGUCUGUAUUAUAAAACACAUUAUGUAUAAACUCAUCUCUCUCACUCAAGAAGAAGCUCAUCUUUCAGUGAUUCAGUUAUAAAAAAGCCUUUUCGCAAUCACUUAUGUCUGAUGAGGGGAGCGUGGGUUUGGGUAAACCGUCUUGUUAAUAAAUCUCAUCAUGAGUACUGACAUAAAUAUUUAUUUUGCACAGUAGUUCUGUUUAUUAGUUGGAAGAUUAGAGACAUUAUCAUACAAAUCAUCUCAUUGCUAUCUGUUGAAAUCUGCUGCUGCUGCUGCUGUAUAGUUGCUUUUCUGCUGUUUAUUGAACAGGAGAUGUAUUGAUUUGAACACCCUGAGUGUGGUAGUGAAUAUUAAAG